UAAGCAGCAGCAAGCGCACGGAAGCUAGUCUGCUGUCAACUGUGCUAUCUGUGAAUGGAGAAAAGGCAACAAUGUACAAGGGGAUAAAGCAUGGGGCAUGUGACUAUAUUGUGAAACCCGCGGAUAUCAAGGAGAUCAGAAACAUAUGGCAGCAUGUUGUAAGGAAAAACCACGUCGCUGUGAUCCACAACAGCAGUGACAGUGAUGAUGCUGAUCAGAGGGUGGCACGACCAGUGAUUGGUAAGGGUGGCGCAAAGAGAAAGAAGUGCUCAAAGAAGAAGAGAAAUGAUGGAGAAGGCUCUGAUGAUGACAACAGAGGAAGAAGGCGGAACACCUGGAAGAAACCAAGGGUGUCAUGGACCGGUGAGCUGCACAACAGGUUCCUGGAAGUUGUCUACCGACUCGGCAUCGACAGGGCGGUUCCAAAGACGAUACUACAAAUGAUGAAUGUCCAUAACCUUAGUAGGGAGAACGUUGCAAGCCACCUACAGAAAUAUCGCUUGUUUCUGAAGAGGGUCACCGAUGACCCCAUGAAGCCUAAUCAUAUGGGUGAUUCGUUUGAAAGCAGGCGAAAUGCCUCGUACAUGGGCAUGUGUCACCAUGGAGUCCUGCCGUCAUCAGCCCUUUGUCCCUGUGGUUCUCACAAUCUCAACGCAGCUCCUCCAUCAAUAUUAGGACCUCACGGUCUGUCUAUUCAGCCCAGGAACUGGGCCAUGGGCACAGUCGGCAAUGGUGGCCUCAUGCCUGACACAGGAAGCCGCCACGCUUCGGGUCCUCCUGUCGGCCUGUUCGCAGACACAUCAGAUCAGCCAAUGCAGGAUGCAUUUCCUCGUAUCCAUUUCCGUUCUGGCAAAGCCUACGACAGCGUCCUGCGUCAGAAACUGAUGGAGGUGAACACAAGCGUGGUGCCUUCCUCCCAUCCUGGCACCUACUCCGCCGCAGCAGAAAUGCCAAAUGGUGGGCAGUUAGAACCUGCAAACCAGUUCCCGGUGCAACCUCAAGAACAGAUCGGCCAUUUCUCCGGUCCGAUGGGCAUGGCACCUUCUGCGAUGGGCACGCAUGGCGACACCCAGCUCCCGUACCUUGCUGGGAACUGUAGCAAUCCAUGGCAGAAUAAUGUGGCGCCAUCAAGUUUUGCUGGUUCUAUGGUUGGAGCACCUCUCCUCCCAUCAUCACAGGUGAACGUCAACCUCCCCCAGAUCAACCAGACAAUAUUUGCACCCUCAUCUAGCGAGAUGGCCGUGUUUCAGAAUGAGCAGCAGAAUCAGAUGGCAGGGACCAACAUCAACAACACCACAUCAGUGGGUAUCUACAGUGAGCAGAUGACGCCAUUAUUCAACAUGGCAAGCAACGCAGCGCCAGUGGAGAUGACCAAUGCCAACUUCUCACCAAUGAAUCAGAUGAUGGUCAAUGGGGGAAGCACCAGCUCUCCAUGGCUUAACCUUCAGGUGGGCAACCCUGUCGCGCCGCCGGCUCAGAUGGCUAAUGGUGGUGGAAGCAGCAGCUCCGCAUUGCCUGGCCAUCUGGACAGCUCUGUUGUGCCGCCGGCUCAGAUGGUUAAUGGUGGUGGAAGCAGCAGCUCUGCAUUGCCUGGCCAUCUGGGCAGCUCUGUCGCGCCGCAGACUCAGAUGCUUAAUGGAGGGGAGGGUGCAUCUGGCAUUCUACCUGUGCAAGAUGAUCCAGCUGGGUGGCAAGCUUCUGAUCAUCAGCCAACUUACAGCACUUCUAACUUCCUGGAGGAUAUUUUUGCCAGCAUGGCUAGUCAGGAUUUCAAUCCAGAUGCUGUUUGGUGAAGAAUAUUAGUCCCUUUGUUCGCCCCACCUGCGCCAGAGAUGUCUCCGCAUUUUGUGCAGGCCAGAUGCUGAUCAUCAGCCCAUGGUUCUUGCACAUUGUAUCUGCGGAGUUGUGCGAAAAAACGCCGAAUUGUAGUAGGUAGUUAGAAGCAGGGUGUGGGCUUCUACUUUACUUCAGAUUUGUUUUAAAUUAGUCCUUGUGUUUGAAGGAUCAUAAAAUAACUUUAUGUUGCCAACAUUGAAGAGGACGUGUGGAAUAAUUGGCUAUACGCAUCGUAGAUGCAGAGCCCCGGUUGUACUAAGACUUCCAUAUUCUAGAAUGGAAAUAAGUUUAUGUUAUGUCAUGUGGAACCAUUUUCAUGUA